GAGGUGACUUUUCAGACUCAAAGUAGCGAUCAUCAUGAAUAUUAUCUCAAUAUCUAUAUAUUGUUGUUGGUGUGGGAUUUUUGACCACCGGGGGGCGCUAUGGUUCAGUUCUCUAUGUGAGAGGGUCCCUGUUAUGUUAUUUUUGUGUCGUGCACGCGCUUGAGCACGCACGUGCACGCAGGUGGUGUGACAUUUCAGCCUCCUUCACGCUAUUCUGCUGACCUUCGGGUGGUGCCAAUUCACCAAGGUGCGUAUAGCCACGAGCCAGCAAAAGAAGGGACCGACAUAGCCGCUUGCUUGCAAACAUGGAUACAACUGACUUUUGAGCCACUACGUUCACCAAUCUGGCUGGUCACUCCACCAGAGAGGUAGGGUACGGUGGGUUUGCAGAGGAUUUUUUGCUGAGAAAAAUGCUAUAUAAGAGGGGCACUGAUGUGAGCUGAUGAGGCCUGGCUCACAGUCGGCGAUCCGUUGCACCUCAAAGGUGUCGCUCUGGGCAAGGCCAAUCACGUUCUCUCCCAACACACCUUGAAAACCAUUUCUGUAGAUCAGGCAAAAGCAGGUUAUUGUCUAAAAUGUAAUUGUGGGCUGUAGUAUAAAGAAUUAAGUAAAAAUAUGAUGACGUUCACGCUCAAAGAACACAAAGUAUGUGCCCAUUACUUGUGGCCACAUAGUGGGAAUAGUCGUGACUGAAUUUUGACAUCGUGUCAGUCAGCCAAGGUGCGUGUGCGUGUGCGUGUGCGUGUGUGUGUGUGUGUGUGUGUGUGUGUGUCCAAAGCAUGUGAAGUGAGGAGCAGGAGGGGUAUCAAGGGAGGACCGCAGGUGUGCGACCUCUCUCUCCUCUUCAGACAGCACAUCAGCUGAUGGUGAGCGAGCGGAGGGCUAUUCCCCGGAGCAUGUCACUCGUCACACUGUCCACAAAGUUGUCCGUCCUUCAUGUGCCAUCACAACUGCUAAAGCCUCCUCAACGCCAUGCCAGCCAUAGUCAACCUCCUCUUCAACGUCGUCUCCACCAACACCACCAUCUCCUUCGCCGUGGUGCUUCCCAUGGUCAGCCUCGUCUCCCUCCUGGUGGGGGUCGGGGGUCACCUGCUGCUGUGGCUGGUGCUGGUGAGGAACCCCCGCAGUCGCGCCAAGCCCAGCUCCGUCCUGCUCCUCAACCUCAGCCUGGCGGACCUGGGCGCCCUGCUGACCCUGCCCUGUGUGCUGCUGAGCGCUAGUUUCCAGAACUGGCAGCUUGGAGGCGGGGCCUGCGUCUUCCUGGGGUUCAUGACCUCGGUGACUGUGGGAGUGGAAAUCUUCAGCCUGGCUCUGUUGUCGGUGCUGCGGUAUCGUAUAGUUGCACCGCGGACGAGGCCGCCUGCCAGCCUGACACAAGUGUUAUGCACUGUGGUAGCCAUUUGGCUGGUCUCAAUAACCAUGGCUUUGCCCAAGGUCACCUACAUCGACUUUAACGGCGGUUGCACGUGGUCGGUGGGUCGAGACGAGUGGCUGUUCUUCCUUGUCCCCGCCUUCCUGGUUUAUUACGUUGCCCCCCUCCUCUGUAUCGCCGUCAACUGUGGCCUCAUCAUCUCCCACCUCCAUGGCUGCCGGGGGACCCUGGCCGCAGACCGACGCAACAAGAAAGCCACGGCCCUGCUGAUCGGCUCCACGCUUGUCUUCGCAGUCAGCUGGCUGCCUUAUUAUGCGCUUGAAUUCGUGAAUGUCAUGUCUCCCCACGUGAGCUCGGCGGCCUCUCCCACUAACGUGUUUGUGCCGAAGCCUUCUUCAACUCUGUCUCCAUCGCGAGGGCCAGGUGAGGAAUCGGGGACGAGGGUCUCCCUGCUGUGGGAGGUGUCGUCCCUGACGGCCAUACUGCUGGUGUGUAUGGCACCAUGCUGGAACCCUCCACUGUACUUCUUGUUGUCACGUCCAGCUAUGCGUCAGCUCCGAGCUCUACUGCCUUCAUUCUUCAAUCGCCUGAGAGAAAAACCCGUGCAGGCCUGGCGCAUUGCUCCCGCUCCUCCAUCGUGCCUGCCACACCCUCAGCCUCCUGCACGCUGUCUUACUCACCAGACGCUGACACACAGACUGACUCAGUAAUGUUUGUACACACACACACACACACACACACGCUCGCUUAGAUAUCCCCAUGCCAUACUAUUCAUGAGUGCCAUCCCAACAAACUGUAUCUAUGAUAUGCAUGAGUCACAACAUGCUUUGUAAACACAUCCCAUUGGUCAUAGCCACAUCUUCUUUGCUUUUGUAACGUAACAGUAAUAAAAAAAAAAAGGCUCUCGGCAACCGUGUGUGAAGCUCUCACACAGACGACAGUGUAUCAUAAACAGAAUGCAUUAUGUGCCAUAAAAAGCACAGGGUUUAUAUUCCCCAUCACAAUGCCAGAGUCACUCAGCAACUCACCGUUGUGGGCAGUGGGAGGCUCGCAGAAGGAGCAGAAUUGCCACUUUUGAAAUGAUUUUUAUAGCCAAGUUUUCUCUUUAUUUCGAGGCGCACGUCAUCAUUUAAAAAUCCAGGUCACUGAACUCACGGAGACGUCUCUAGUGCUCCCACAUGGGACCUGAACCUGCUUGUUACCAGUCGUAACAGCCUUUUCCCGGGGACGGAAGGAUGUCCGCUGAGAACCACGUUGACUGACAUUACCCACCCGAGCAAACGUAAACCAAAUCCCCCCACGGAGCUUUCAAACCACCAUCCCCGGAUGGCGACAAAGAGCGCAUGACAAGUCUGACAGAGCACGUGCACAGUAUAAAGGAGUGUCGCCCUGCUUUGAUAAACCUCCAAAGAACAUCAUUGCAUUGCAUCUCGUCGAACACAGCAACCAAUACAACCCUGUAACCCCAAUACUGUGCCAUCUGACGGAGCAAGAACACAGGGGACUCAAGGCCCGCCUCGCUGUAAAGCUCCCUGUAAAUCUCUAGGCGGCAACAGUAUCUAUAUUCUAUGUCAUCUCAACAACUUUGAGAAAAGACGGCUGUCCUGUCUCGUUAGAAGCAUCAAUACGAUUUGACUCGUUAUGUUCUGAGAUUGAAUGCUGGGAGACGCUUAUUAAAUAGUGAUUUGGCUCGAAGAAUCACAUCAGAGGAUGGCCGCGUUGGGAAAAUUACUUCUCAAGUGAAGCCCGUCUACACUCAAAGUGGUUUAGUAUCACAUUGUAAAGGGCAUGUCGUGUACUCGCUGUGGUCAGCAGCUCAGUUUGACAAAUUGGCCCAGAGCGAGUAAUUGGAUUUUUUUUUUUGUAGUCUGGCUUUUCAUACGGAGGAGAGGCAAUUUAAAUUUAUUGGAAAAUUGGAAUCACUUGCGCUGCCCAUUGAUAUUACAUCAUGGGUUUGUUUUGCAGCUAUGAUUGGAGAUUUUGCAAAGUUUUAAUGUGAAACACACACAAACGGACAUCUACACCUGAAACACCUAAACAAACACAAUAAUCACUGUGCAAUAGGAAACAUACUUUUAUAUGCCACUCAAUUUUUCUAUAGAAGUAUAUCAUUUCAAACAACAAGAAAUAUAUAUGUGUAUAUGUAUAUGAUGUAUCAUAAUACAUACCAUAAAGGUGUAUGGCUUAUCGCAUGUGUGUACCGUUCACGUUGUAUACUGUGAACUCGAGACGAGUGUAAGGAUAAUUAUAAAUAUUUGUGAGCCUUUUUUUACAAACACUUAGACAGUAUUUAAACUUUGGCCAGUGAAAUUAAAUGGUGAAUUUAUACAAUUUGGAUUUGGUGUGGCUCAACCACAUAUAUAUCACACACAUAUUUUUAAAUGUAUUGAAAAAAGCACUUGAAGCUGUUUUUUGCCUGUUUGAUAAAA